UUUUGUUUCUCUCUUGUCAUUAAAAAGAAUUUAAUUAAAAAGAAAAUAAAUCCUAAAGAAUAAAAUGGUUCGCCACAACAACAUGAUUUCCAACAAUCACUUCCAUAAAGAUUGGCAAAAACUGAUACGCAUCAAACUCGAUCAACCAAUGCGAAAAAAACGUCGAAAUCAAAGAAGAAUCGAUAAAGCAAAACGUUUAACUCCGCUUCCAAUUGAUCAUCUUCGUCCAAUCGUUCGCUGCCCAUCCAUUCGUUAUCACUCCAAAACUCGUUUAGGAAGAGGAUUUUCCAUAAAAGAAUUAAAAUCGGCUGGAAUUAAUCGAAAUUACGCGCAAACGAUCGGAAUAGCGGUCGAUAAACGUCGAAGAAAUGUAUCUUUGGAAACGUUAAAAUUGAAUGUUUUGAGAUUACAGAGUUAUUUGGCAAGGGUUGAGAUAUUAAAACGGGUCGAUCCUAAAAUGAAAGUUGCCGUUAAAUGUAAAGAAGAUGAUAAGAAGGUGAAGAAAAAAGACGAUGUUAAGUAUGAAUAUGUCGGUUAUGUUAAAGAAAACGUUUUGGUUAAAAAUGUUAUGCGUUGUAAGGCGAUGGUUCCCACUGAGGAACAAAAGAAAUUUAAAGUAUUCGAAACUUUAAGAAAGGCGAGAAAUGAAGGGAGAAAAUUAAGGACGAAAAUGAAGAAGAAGGAGAAAGAAAAUACUUUUGAGUUUGCAAAAUAAUUUCAAUUUGUUUAGUUGGUUCUUUAUGUUUGUUAUGGAAUAAAAUGUUAUUAACGUUAAUAAAUAAUUUCGAUGUAUCAUA